AAACCGGGGUACUUCGGUCGUGCGCUACGAUGCCGCGCGAUAUUAUUACUUUGCAACUAGGACAAUGUGGGAAUCAAAUUGGGAUGGAGUUUUGGAAGCAGCUGUGCGCUGAACAUGGAAUCAGUCCUGAAGGUACACUUGAAGAAUUCGCAACAAGUGACGCUGAUCGCAAAGAUGUCUUUUUCUACCAAGCAGAUGAUGCUCAUUAUAUUCCUCGUGCUGUGUUACUGGACUUAGAACCACGUGUAAUCAAUACAAUAUUAUCUUCACCUUAUGCUCGACUUUACAAUCCAGAAAAUGUAUAUUUAUCUAAACAUGGAGGUGGUGCCGGUAAUAAUUGGGCAGCUGGAUACACACAAGGUGAAAAACUGGAGGAAGAAGUGUUUGAUAUUAUUGAUCGUGAAGCCGAAGGAAGUGAUAGCUUAGAGGGCUUCGUAAUGACUCAUUCUAUCGCUGGAGGAACAGGAUCUGGGAUGGGUUCAUUUAUUCUUGAACGUCUUAAUUCGCACUUCCCAAAAAAACUUAUUCAAACGUAUUCAGUAUUCCCAAAUUUAGAAGAAACUAGUGAUGUUGUUGUUCAACCUUAUAACAGUUUGUUAACACUAAAACGUCUCACUUUGAAUGCUGAUUGUGUGGUUGUUCUAGAUAAUACUGCUCUGCAUCGUAUAGCUACUGAUCGUUUGCAUAUUGAGAAUCCAUCAUUUGCACAAAUCAAUCAGCUGGUCUCCAAAGUAAUGUCUGCAAGUACGGCUACACUUCGUUAUCCAAGCUAUAUGAAUAAUGAUUUAAUUGGCUUAAUAGCUCCACUAACUCCAACUCCACGAUUGCAUUUCUUAAUGACUGGUUAUACCCCAUUGACAACAGAUACUGAAGUUCCAACUAUUCGACGGACAACUGUAUUCGAUGUCAUGAGACGUUUAUUACAGCCAAAAAAUAUGAUGGUCUCCACUCCAACACAGCGCGGUGUCAGUCAUUGUUAUGUUUCUAUACUAAAUAUAAUCCAAGGUGAUUUUCUAUUUAAUUAUUAUUAGUCCGUUAUUUACUUUGGUGAUUUUAAUAGGACAGGAAAGAUAAAUGUCCCCCCUGUUUUUCAAAUGACCGAUAGUUUGUUUCUACUUGUUUGUAACCUUCAUUUUAGCUCUAGCGGAUAAUGAUCCGCCAGUAUAGUACGCUUUCUAAAGAUUUGUCUUCGUUUAUGAGGUUGUGAAACUUGAUAGGCAGUAGGGAGAAGCAUUAAAUAACUUUUUUUCUCACUAAAGGUUUUUUAUUACGCCAUAGUAGUUUAGUUUGUUUGGUAGGUGUCGAACCUGGAGUAGUUCUCCAUCUCAAACAAACUAUGACAUAUAAACUGGUAAAUCCCUGUAGAGUCGUGGGUGUGUCCCCUGCUGAUGGACCUCAUAACAAUGAAGUAGGAUUACAGUCCCCUACUUGGUUUUCAAUGGUCUUUCCACAUGAAAUCAGUUUGUUUUUAAAAAGAGUACAUUUAAACUUGACAAAUUACCUAACUAGGUUAUAGUAAAAUCUUCAUUCUGACUUAAACUACAAGUGUUCGAAGUUUAUUGAACACGUUUUUUUAAAGUUCCAGUCGUGUUCAAUAAGAUCUCUAAGCCAUUUAUAAAUAAAACCUGAUUUUAAUUGUAGUGUACUAUCCAAUAUUUCUUACGAAUUCAAUAUGAAGUAGGGCACAGAAAUGCAAUACUUUAAAAACUAAUUUUGUGUUAAAUUGAACUACUGUUUCUAUUCUAUUGUUUCCAUCUUUAUCUGAUAGAAACUUUUGUACAAAAUGGAAUUCACGACCUCUCUUCUCGGCCAAAAUGUUACUUUGUUUAAGUUGUAAUGAUCAACAUGUAAACUACAGCUGUAGCUACAUUCUAGGAAUUUCUUCAAAUAUCAAUUAUUGGUUAAAAAACGGCUUUGUUUAAAAGUAAUUAAUUGUUUGUAUGCCCUCUUAGUUCAGUUUUUACCGCAUGUUAUAAUUAGAAUGCUAUAUGCUUGUAUGAUGGUAAUUCUAUUGAAGACAUUCCACAUAUUUCUCCAUGGGAAGUCCCCAAUAUCUAUUCCAGAUAAAAAAGUGGUUUUGAAUAGUUAGCGAAUAUUGAAUUUUGUAGAACUUACCGAGGACUAAGGAUUAGAUACUUUGAUUACAUAAUCGAUUAUUACACUAUAUAAAAGCACUUAUGAGAUCACUCGUUCUCUGCACUCUUCACUCCAAUCAACUAAUCUUUUUCGCCUGGUCAGUUAUUUCUCUGUGAUCUGUCACCAAAUUUUAAUGAUCACGUGAAUGAAUGUCUUACAACAUUAAAUUAAAAUGUUAAGUUUCAGUUAAUAGACCUCGUACGUUCACUUAGCUGUCAUGCAACAAUUUAAUUACUCUAAAUAACUGUUUGUCUCUUUUAAAAUAGCUUAUCAAAGUGAAUUAAACUUUAGAAAAUGCUAAAUAUAUAGUUUUGCAAAAUGUCGACCCCCCACUCAAUCCAUUUGUUCUUGAUCAUGAUAAUAUGUUAUGUCACUGACAGUCUGUCUGUAGUCAGGUCUUGUCUUUUAUAUUUAUGUCAACUAGUUGUGCCUCCAUCUGAUUCGUAGUCAUCCUUAUUCCUGACGGCAUAUUUCGCGAAUCAGCUUUUAACUACCUUGACUCGUUUUCUUUCAGGAGAAGUCGAUCCUACUGAAGUACAUAAAUCACUACAGAGAAUUCGAGAACGCCGUAUGGCUCAGUUUAUACCUUGGGGUCCAGCUAGCAUUCAAGUUGCUCUGUCUAGGCGAUCUCCAUAUGUUCAGACACCGCAUCGUGUUAGUGGUCUUUUACUUGCAAAUCAUACAAGCAUAUCAACUGUAAGUGUUUGCGUGUACUUACCUUUCAUUUUGUAGCUCUAUAUAAUCACGUAAAAAUGUCUUUAUUCCAUUAAUACUAGCACACAAACUCUUCUGUUAGUCCCCCUGAUUCUCAACAGUUCCCCUACUUAUACAAGACUGUUAUUAAAACUAACUUCAGACUAAACAUUAAACACCAAUUUCUAUUCUAGCAAGAAUCAUUUGCUUACUAGUUAUUAACUUUGAGGUAGGUUUCUAGAAUUCAAGUGUAUAUUGCCAACAAAGAAAUCUAUGUAUUCGUUUAGUCUUCAUGUGUUCCAAAUAUGGUAAUCAUAAAUCCUCAACUAAAAUAAUAUCCUCUUUGAAAUUGAAUAAAACAAGCUUUAUAUUUAGUCAUUGGUCAGACAGAGUCAAUUAUUGACUUAUUGUUUAAUUCUCUGGUCCUUCAACUGUUCAAGUGCAUGUUUAAACCCUGCCUACUUCUAUCUGGCCACCAGGGUAGGAUCGUAAGUUCUCAAAGUUCAUUACAAAAUCUGUACUUGAUAAAUUAGUUACAUCAGUCAAAUAUUAGAUGUUCAUUCUCUGCUUUCAUUGGCAACCAAAUAGUUUGAAUUUAUCCGAAAUUCAACAUCCUUGUUUAUUUGACCAGCAAAAAACAUAACCUAGACACUAAAUACUUUAUUCAAAUUUCCCAAAAGAAUCUAUUUUACCAUUGAUUUUGGCUUUAAAUGGUUGCCUAAAUUCACAUAUAAUAGAUUAUUCAAAUUUUUUUCUGUCUGAAAUAUCAAUCCACUAAAUACAUGUUAUAAAAAGUUUACAAUACAGUAAAAUACAAUUAACAUGUUUAACACUCUACUGGUCAUUUUUAGCAAAUGGUUCUUUUACAUAUUACAAAACUUUGUGAAAUACACUGUUCUAAUAUAAGAAAAAGCAUGUUCAAAUGAAUUUGAAAAUUCCAAGUAUAGAAUAUUUUCAAUAAAAAUAUAGAUUGUACUAAGUAUGACUACCAGUUAAGUAAUCCCAUCAAACUUCCUUUAGUUUAUUUUCCGAAAAUGUAUGUAUAACAUGGUUUACGUCACGCGACUGGUCUUAGUUAGACACCUAUUGGAAAACAAAAAGUACUGAAUAACUAUUUCGUUCUAAUAUGAGACUCAGCAAUAAACAUCCAUGACUCCACUGGAUAUGAAACUCCAAGACCCUUAGGUCUCGCGAAGAGUGUUCAACCUUUAGAUCACUGAACCAGCAUCCAAUGGUGGUUUGGAUGUCUAGUUUCGAUCACUUCUCGAUAUCGCACAACCAUCUUCCAAUGUUAUUGGCGAGUUACCGCUUUUAUUUGCUUGGUUUGUUUUCGUUUUCUAUUUAUUUAAGUGAUCAUUUCAAUUAAGCAGUCUAUUUAUCUUCUUCUGUCGUUUAUAGCUUUUCCUACGUACCUUAGCUCAGUAUGAUAAAUUACGUACUCGUGGUGCUUUUAUUGAACAAUUCCGUAAGGAAGAUGUAUUUCGUGAUGAUCCAGAAUUAAAAGAAUUUUCUGACAGUAGACAAGUUGUUCAUAAUUUAAUUGAAGAGCAUAGUGCAGCAACUCGAUCUGAUUAUAUUCAUUGGGGUGCUCAACGUGCUGCCGCAGUAGCUGCAACACAAGCAGCGGCCGCGGCAGCCGCCAAUUCAAAUUCUUGAAUUUCUUAUUAGAUAUUUUUCGAACAUUUAUGUUUUUUGGUAAAAACUAUUCAGUUACGAAAACUACAUUUUGUACUUUUCAAAUGUUCGUCUCAAAAUUUUUUUGUAAGAUUGCCUUUUUUAACAACGUUUAGUUUUUUCAUCUGUUUUUUUUAUUCAAAAAGAACACUUCAUUCUGAGCAUUUGUAAACAUAUCAGUAUUCACAGGUUAUUGUGAAAACAUAAAUGUCCAGACCUGUUAACAAUGUAUGAAUUAAACUGUUUGAUAUUUCUACAUGCUUUUUCCUUUAAAAUAGUAAGCAGCUUCAGUGCUAA